AUGGCUUCUAAGGAGGACACUGCAAAGGUUUUGGAUGACUCCCGUGAUGAGCAGGCCUUCUUUGAGAUCCAGCGCAUUGAUGGGGUCCUGGAUGAGUGCAUUUGGAAGGUGGAGACGGCCUCCCUCUUUCCUGCCUUGCUUGCGAACUUGGACAGACUUUCACCGGUAAUAGGGAACCAGCUUGUAGGGCCAGUUCGGGAGCACCAUCUCCUGGCAGAAAGGCUGGCCACCCACAAGCAGGAGGGGGAGGAGGGGAAGGUCGAGCUGGCAGGACUGAAAGAGGCUUUUCGUAGCUCUCUCCGACUUAUGUUUCAGCACCUGAGGGAGCACCCAACUGUGUGCAAGCAGCUGAAGAGGGAGGCCUCUGCUGGACAAUGCCAGCAGCUGGCGGCAGGGCUGAAAGAGCUAAAGGCCCUCCUCAUGGACAAAAUGAUCACGGGCCCCGCUGAGGCACGGGAGCGGAGCCGAUACGUGCAGGAGCUGUUUUUCAAGCACCGCAAAAACAUGGUGGUGGUGGAAGCUCUGGAGGAGGAGGUGGAUGCCGCCAACAAGGACAAGGACGCCAUGAUCGCCAAGAAGGACGAGCAGAUCCGCAAGCUGAAGGUCUCCAUGCACCAGGUGAAGCAGGCCUCGGAGAGCACCCUGGCCGGCCUGCGGGAGGGCGUGGACAAGCUGAAGCAGUCGGACAGGAACGUCUCGCACGAGCGCCGCGAUCGGAUGCAGGAGCAGGCCAACCAGCUGCGUGCGCAGCUCAAGAAACUGACAACCGAGAACCGGGAGUCCGAGACAUCCCUCCGGAAGAGGAAGAACAGGUUGGAAACCGAGAUUGAGAACUGGAUCCAGAAGUACGACACCGACAUAGGUGAGAAACAGGCGGAGCUCGAGGAGCUCUCCAAACUCUACCAGCAGGAGCAAGAGGAGGUACAGAAGCUGGGGCAGUACACCACUCGCAUGGAGAGAGACUACCAACGUAUUAUGCAGGAGAGGCAGUUAGCAGCUGAGCAGAACCAGAAAGAGGAACAGGAAACUGCCGAUGAAGAGCAGAAUGAUCUGGAUGUUGCUGCUGAUUGA